AUGGAUUACGCCGACGCCGAGGUGUGCGUCGACGCGCUCUUCGCCUGCACCCCCAUCGACCCCGUCCCGCUCGACUUCCCCCUCGAUCCCUUUCCCCCCAGUGCGUUUCUCCUCGACUCAACUCCCUCAGACGCGUCUCUCUUCGAUUCAUGUUCCGGAGCCUUUCCCGGCGACCAUCACCAUCAGCAUCACCAAUUCCCUUCCCGCGAUUCCCUCUUUGCCGCCGACCUGCCCAUUCCCCAUGCCGUCGCCGCUCCCCUCUCGCCCGCCGCUCCCUGCUCGCCCGUGCGCCACCCGUACCCGUCGCAGCAGCUGCACCCGCCGCCCGCACUCACCGCGGCAUCCGCCUCGUCCCUCCCCCGGAGCCCCGCCUCCCUCGUUUCCGCCGCGGCCCUUCCCCAGACAUUCGUGUGCGCCAGCAGCAACGGCAGCGGGGGCGCGGGAGGACGGGAGCAGGCAAGGGAAGGCGGGAAUGGUGCGGAACAGUUCGAGCAGCCACCUCGCGGCGCAGCGGCGCCGCUGCACGGCGGCGUCGUGCCGCCGCCCGCGACGGCCUCCGCCAAUUCGGACGCGCACAGCAACGCGCGCGCAGCUGCUCCGCGCGGGAACGCUUGCCGACCCGCGGACCUGACGGGGCUACUGGCGGCGGUGCUCAAGGGACUGGCGGAGGGCGCGCGCGACGGGAACAAACGCGCGGCGGAACUUGCGCGAAGUGACGCAUGGGGGGCGACGGGGGCAAAGAGGGACGUGGAUGGGCGGCGGGGCUGGUGUGAGGCGCGGAACGGCGAGGGAGAGGGGGAGCGGCGGAAGAGGACGUGCGUGGGGAGCACGGGGAGAGAGGGCGAGCAGAAUGGAGGCGCGCGCGUGGGCGGGGCGGCGGUGGUGUGCGCAGCGCAGGGCGGGGUAGCAGCAGCAGUGGCGGCGGGAGAGGCGGAGGCAGCAGGUAUGGCGGAACAGGCAGCGGCGCUGGCGGGCGCAGCAGCACAGGAGGGCGCGGCGCUGCUGGCAAACGCACAGGCGGUGGCAGCAGAGGGACGGGCAGCGCACAGACGGGGAGAGGGAGAGCCAGAGCAGCAGACGGGGCGGUCAACGUGGGAGCUUCCUGAGACGGAGCAGCGAGAGGGCAUGCGGGGCGAGAGGGUGCUAAGUCAGCGCAGCAGCGCAGCAGCGGCAGAGGCAGUGGAACGGGAAACGUCUGCCCUGUGGUUCACUCCCCCUUUGUCUCGGCGCCUGCAGGUGUCGUGGGCGGGUGAUGGCGUGGCAGCGGGCAGGAUGGGGGGCGCGCAGCAGGAGGCGGAGGCGGUGCGCGUGAGGAACCUGGUGAUGGCACUGGGGGAGGCGCACGCCACUCAGGACACUCUGCGCCUGCGCUCCUUCACGCGGCGCCUGCAGCAGCAGGCGAGCGCACAGGGGUCGCCCGCACAGCGCGUGGCGUGGCUGUUCCUGGCCGCCCUGCACGCUCGCUCCCAGGGCUGUGCUGCUGUCACGUGGCUAGACCCCGUGGUCGUGGAUGGACAGGCACUGGCACAGGCGCCACCGACGUACGGGCCGGUGGAGUGGGCGCUCUACAGCUUCGUGAAUGUCGCUGCUGCCACCGAGCUCUCCCUCGCCCUCUCACGCGCGUGGGGCGACGCAGACGCGCACAAGGGCGUGGGGCCCGUGGGCGCCAUGGGUGACUGGUAUACGGUGGGUGGCGAGGGUGACCUGGAGGUGGUGCGCAUGGCGGGCAUGACGACAGGCGCAGAGCAGCUGCAGAUGGUGGGGCAGGUGCUGGCGGGCAUCGCGGACAUGGUGGGACUAGGCUUGUCCUUCCACGCCCUCCACGUGCACGCCCAUGAGUUCUCCCCCCACAUGGUGCACGCUGGGAGACGCCGCAGGCGGCCGUCAGGGGCUGUGGGGACUGGGGGAGUGGUAGAGGAUGGUUGUGGAUCGAGAGAAGGGGCGUGUGGGGAGGGCAGUACGGGGGAGAGAAGUGAGGAGGGGGAGGAGGAGGUGUUGGUGUGUUGCUGUUGGAGCAUGAUGGCGUUUCCAGAUGCCACGGUGCUCAGGAGCAACCCCAGGGACGCCAUCAUCAAAUGGAUGCACAGCCUGCGACCGCGCCUGAUAAUACUGUCGGAGCUGGACGCGCGCCUCAACACGCCCUUCUUCCUCGCGCGCUUCCACGAGGCGCUGCGCUUCUUCCCCGCCUUCCUCGACGCGCUCUACCACACCGUGCCACCCGCCUCGCCGCUGCGCGCGCUGCUGCAGGGCAUGCUGCUGCGCAAGCUGGUCAACUGCGUGGGGUGCGAGGGCGCGCAGCGAGUUGUGCGGCCCGAGAGCAUGGAGCAGUGGCAGGAGCGCAUGGAGCGCCUGGGGUUCGAGCGCGUGGCGCUGAGCGAGGAAACGGUGGGGAACAUGCGCGCACUAACAGAGUGCAAGGAUGGGCGGUUUGGGAUUCAGGAUGCACAGGGGGCUGCUCGGCUGACGUGGAAAGGAAGCCCUAUCAUGGCUGUCGGUGCUUGGAGGGCUGUGUGA